UUAAUAGAAUGGAGAACAAGGAUGAUAAAAAAAGCAUGUACGAGAAGGAAAAAAAUGGAGAAAUAAAUAAAAAACACAAAAGCAUUAACAUAUGUAUACGAUAUACUUAGAGAAGUUACAGGAGAAUAUAAUAAGAAGAGAAAUCUUAGCAAAUGUAAUUAUAUGGCAAAAAAGAAGACAAAGAAUUAGAAAUGAUAGGAUGUCACAAAACAGAAACAUAUAAAUAUCAAGGGAAAUGGCUGAAUAACAGAGGUUCUGUAAUUACACACUUUAAAAAACACAAGCAAUUAUCAUAAAAUUGGCAAAGAGAAUAAGUAAUAUAAAAGAUCUAUUACCUCUGAGAAAUAUAGUAAAUUAUA